AUGGAUUUGCCUGAUCCGUACCUUCCAGGAGCCAUCAGUCUAUUCGAACAGUUAGACAAGAAGUUGUUAGUCGUGCUCCGCGAUGGACGAAAGCUUAUUGGUUUUUUGAGAUCGAUUGAUCAGUUUGCCAACUUGAUACUCGAAGAUGUAGUAGAGCGAACAUUUGUAGAAAAGUAUUUCUGUGAAACAGGUCAAGGAUUCAUGCUUAUCCGUGGAGAAAACGUAGAAUUGGCCGGUGAAAUCGAUGACAGUAUUCCCACAGGACUUACACAGGUAUCACCCGAAGAGUUUCGACGAAUUGAAGAUGAGUAUCUCGCGAAGAAUCCGCCAAAAUUUUUGAAACGUCAAGCAGAGAAGACAGAAGAGCACGAAGCAUGA